GCCACCAAUCAUUUUCUACCACGACCGCAGCUGUUCCGCGCUACACAAUCGUCUUGCUGAAUAAAUAAGAUAACGAUUGAUAGUGCUCAGCCCCAAAAACAGUAGGGCCCUCCCGUGUGUAAAGGAUGUUGGGCUUCCUCAUUUACACACUCGUCGCCACAUCUUGGACCGUUGCGGGACACGACUUGAAGGGUUUCGAUGAUUCGGUACUGUUCAACCUUGUGUGGCAUAACAGUCAGGACUUAAUCGAUGUAAUUCCAGGUUCGGAACAAUUUUACGUAACGUCCGCAAACAAGGAAAAGUAUCUGUGCGUAAUCCCGCCGAUCACGUCAAAAGAAACUGGCGGCGACGUGGAGUACAAUGGGCCCAGCCCGCUUGAGCUGCUCGAGCCACUGUUCGUUUCGACGACCUGCUCGUAUCGUAUCGAAAGCUACUGGUCGUACGAAGUGUGUCAUGGGAGCUACAUCAAGCAGUACCACGAAGAGCGUCACGAGAAGACGAGCAAGUUGCAGGAAUAUUUUCUCGGUCGAUGGGACCAGCAAAAGACGGAUGCGUUAAAGGCCAAGAAUGCGCAAGCAGAGGCCGAUAAAGAGCAGAUGAAGUAUAAGAAGAUCGAGGGCUUCAAUCUACCGUAUCUUGAGCUGGAGAUGGAUUCCGGUACGAUAUGCGACCUAAACGGUGAGCCACGUGUUACGAAGGUACUGUACGUGUGUUACCGGUUCGGCAAGAAUGAGGUUUACUCGCUAAAGGAAACGUCCACCUGCAACUACGAGGUGAUCAUACUGACGGCAGCCCUUUGUACACACCCGAAGUACAAACCGCAGGACACAGAGGAGAACAAAAUCAGCUGCAGCCCGUUCGGUGAAUCACCGCGCAAACCGAAAGCCAUACUACAGCAGGAAGUGGACAAGUUGCGCCAAAAGUAUCAGCAACUUUCGGUCUCUAUAAGCGAAGUAUUAGGAUAUGAAAUCCCUGAAAUGAGCGAGGAUGGUUCCAUGCGCGGUGAUCCAAUGCGGAAAGAUACGACGUUCAACUUCGAUUGGAAAGCAAUGGAUGAUGAAACGGGAGACAGUGAAGGUGAAACACCAGUUUCAUCGAUGACCAGACGACCGAAAAAGUCCAAGGAACUGACCUCGCUAUUGGAAUUUCUCGAUGGAGCGUACUGCUUACCAGGAGGAUCCGGUUGGUGGAAGUUUGAGCUGUGCUUCGGUAAACACAUACGCCAGUACCACAAAGACACCUCCAUCUAUCUGGGCUACUUCAAUGUCGAAAAGCACCGUGAAUGGUUGGAAAAGAAUCCCACCGCGCGGUACAAGCGCAAGCUCGAGAACCAAAUCAGUCACUUCUACGCCGGCGGUGACUUUUGUGACAAAACGAACCAACCCCGGCAUGUGGAGGUUAAGCUGAAGUGCACGGAACAGGCCGGCAGUACGGAUGCGAUCGCACUGUAUCUGCUGGAGCCGCGUCCCUGCGAGUACGUGCUGAACGUGGAGUCAUCGAAGAUUUGUGAUAUUUUACCGCUCGCUUCAGAUGAUAUGCUGCUGCCGGCAAAUUUGCGGCAACUCGAGGAGGAAACACAGCUCGUACUGGACAGCGCAACUAAUGUAAAUAAUUGAUUUAAUCACACCUACGCAGUAAAUGAUGCAAUGUUAGUUACUGUACUCUACGAUCGGUGUUUUCGUUUCGGCGCUUAUUUUAACCGAAAGCUGCGUAAACAGUUGAUCCCAGGUCCACGGUUCAUCCGGUUCUUCGAUGUCCUCUUCGCUUUCGAGACACUCGGUCAAAAUGGAGAUGUCGAUUUCGUCCAAAUUGCCGAGCGCUGAAGCUUUGCCGCUAGUGAAUAUGUCCGAGCUAAGGUUCUUGUACGUUGUUACACUACAAGCAGAGAACCAAAUAGCAGUUUAAGGGUUUAAGUAUUAUUACACAGCGAGAAUGUCCUUCACAGACGAUACUCACGUUGGUAGGUUGGGACUUUCAUUGUACAGCAAACUUUCGUGAAUAUCGUCCGCAUCCGGCAGCACGGGAAUGUCAUCGACGGGAUUGUAAUCAACCGUUGUGCUGGUAUCGUCCAUCGAAACUAUAUUGCUAUUGCUGAACCGUUCCCUAGAAAGAAAGCACAGUUGCAAUGCCACCCAAAAACCGCAAUUCACUUCCAACAAUCAACUACUCACAUCUCUAAAAUGUUGGAGAACUUGCGCGCAUUUCUACUAGCAGGCAACACAGCAGCAUCGAGUGAGAGAGAAAACAAGAAACGCAAACGUUGCGCAUUAAAUACUAAUCGGUCACGGUUGGCUGCCGCGUUUGAUCAAUAAUCUACAUUAACUGUGCAACUUACUUGCCGUGGCCGGAGCUGGCACCGCUCGUUAGCGUUGACAAUGAACGACCGAUGGAUGUUUCCUCCAGCCAGCUGUCCGUUUUUACCUUCGCCGGAGUACCUGCGGCCGUGGUGGAUGGGGAACCUUUUUCCUGCAUGUUUGAUUGUAUGUUUUUGCCUGUGUCUUCACCCCCUAUGGCCAAUACACACACGGCUCAUUAAUUACUAUCACCAGUGACGCGGUUAGCUUUCAAAAAAUCCUGUGGCGGGGGGGGUUUAAUUUAUUAUUUAUGUACACACGAUUCGGUGUGAAGAUACGGUACCGCGAUGAACGGUGGUUUGUUUACGUCGCCAAGGAAACUGCUCGAAAAUGGCGAGCACAGUGAAAAAACUGCUCCCACCAUGGGACGUUACGCGGACAAGGGGAUGGUUAAAAUAAAUAAAAUAAUUUGCGGAUUACAAAUAAAACAUCAUAAUCGUUUGCUGCCUGGUUAU